AUGGGGAGGACCGGUCAGAGUCGACAUCACCUGCGGAGAACAUCACCUGAACUACUUGCUUGCCCACUGGAUAAUACCUCGGAUGCCAGAGUUAUACUUCCCCACGGCCAAGAGGGGGACACUGGGGAUGCGAAAGCUAUUGAGGAUGUUCUGGGGAUUUCACAGACAAAUCCAAGUUCCAGCUGCACAGGUAAGAAAUUGCACUUUGUUCGUCUUGAGGUUUUAGCAUGGGUAGACAAGAUCAGAAACUUGAAGAGAAGAAAUGAUGAAAAAGAGAAAGCCUUGCAGCUUUCAAAAAUAUUUAAGGAGCAGGAUAACAUCAAUGAAGGAGAAAGUGAUGAUGAGGCAGCACCACAACAUAACAUUGGUGUUCUCUUUUAA